AUGGAAUUAUAGAUAAUGAAAUAGUAUAUUACAAGCAGUAACAAGCUAGUAUCUAAGCUGUAUGAAUACGGACCCACUUAAAGCAACAGGUUCCGCUGAACACGAAGAGAAAACUCAAGCCGAACUGGAAAAGGAUGAUACGAUUAUUGAUGAGGCGUACAAGAAUGCUAUAAAAUGGGUAAGCUCGAAGAAAAAAUUGACAGAUGGUCUUUCAAUUUGGCAGUAUUACUCGUACCUGGGCGACAAUGAAGAAGAUUGGAAUUUCAUAAGAUUGUACUUUAAUGAAUAUAUUAAAAGAGGAUAUAUGGGAAUACAUUAUCACAUAAAUUCAGUAAUGUUCCGUGAUCUUUUUAAAAAGCAUUGCGAGCUAUUACGUGUGACCGUUGAAGAAUUUGCUGAAAAAAGAAAAGCCUUAACGGAUAAUAAGGAAAUAGACAAUGACCAUUUGUUUUAUUGGGCUAUCUAUACAGAAAUUGAUAUCGAAAGUGAUGAUUAG